AUGUCUGACAGCAAGGAUACCAAGAGUGAUGCCGCAGGAAUGAAUCCAAAGGAUGUCGAGUUUCUCAUCGCGUGCCUCCAAAACGCCAACGGCGGUAAUGUCACCGUAAGUUCCACUGAUUUCUUUUCAACGCAGUCUUCUAACUUAGCCGUCGCUCAAACCACUCGAUUUGUUUGCGAAUCAUGGAAAUAUGGGUCUCCACUUUCCAGACGACAUCAAAGGAUAUCUAGAACUCACUCGAGCAUCAAUGACUCUGCUAACACUUGUCGCUUGUAGAUUGAUUCUACUGGCGUUGCGAAAGACUUGGGCUACGAUAAUCCUCGUUCUGUCCAAAAUCGUAUUUCUACCUUGAAGAAGAAAUACAAUCUGCCUUUCGGCACAUCAAAGGGUGGUAGUGCUGCAGGCACCGCUGCUUCUCCAGCCAAGGUCGUUAAGACCAAGGGACCACCCAAGAAGGAGACCGCAACCAAGAAGGAGCCUGCCGCCAAGAAGGGUACAUCAACAAAGAAGCCCGCCGCUAGAGGAAAGGGAAAGAAGAAGGCUGCGGAAUCUGAGGAGGAGGCCGACCCCGAUGAGGAGAUGAACGGUAAGUAUCAAUGCCCGUUCCCUAUUACACCCGUAUAUGUAUAAACUGACACGAAACCUUUCGCAGAUCCGGAAGAAGAGGAUAAUUAA